AUGACUUCCCCAUCCUUUCAAGCUGCUUCUCCGAUUAGCUCAAGACAAGCUUCAAUGGACACCCGAGAGGAGCUGCAGGUCCACCAGGACCAUUACAUUGGGAUCGAUGUUGGCACUGGAAGUGCUCGUGCUUGUAUCAUCGAUGCAAAAGGCGAUAUUGUCGGAUUAGCUUCCGAAAAUAUUGGCCUCUGGCAACCUCAACAGGGAUACUAUGAGCAAUCCACCAGCGAUAUCUGGCGCUGCAUUUGUGUCUCUGUCCGCCGCGCCAUUAGCCAGCAUAAUGUUGAUCCGAAUACUGUCCGGGGCAUUGGGUUUGAUGCAACAUGCUCACUGGCCGUAUUCUCCAAUGCCACUGAUAAGCCCGUUUCCGUCACGGGCCCAGACUUUGACUCGGAUCGCAAUGUGAUUCUCUGGCUGGAUCAUCGUCCCGUGGAAGAGACCGAAAAGAUCAACGCGACCAAGCACAACUUGCUACGGUAUGUCGGAGGAAAGAUGUCCAUCGAGAUGGAGAUUCCCAAGGUCUUGUGGUUGAAGAACAACAUGCCCAAGAACCUUUUUGAUCAGUGCAAGUUCUAUGACCUAGCCGAUGCCUUGACGCACAUUGCCACCGGCAAUGAGAAGCGAAGCUUUUGCAGCGUGGUCUGCAAGCAGGGUUACGUGCCCGUCGGCGUUGACGGCAGUGUCAAGGGUUGGCAAGAGGAUUUCCUGACCAAGAUCGGCCUGGAAGAUCUAAUGGAGGAUGACUUCAAGCGCAUGGGAGGUGUCGACCGGGUGAAUGGUGAUUACCUCAGCGCCGGCGAAUUUGUCGGAACCCUGUGCGAGAAAGCAGCCUCCGAACUGGGGUUGCCAGCUGGUAUCGCCAUCGGCAGCGGUGUGAUCGAUGCCUAUGCUGGUUGGAUAGGAACCGUUGGCGCCAAAGUCGAACUUGAGUCUGAACAGCUGAGCGCUGAAGUCGCCAAAAAUGACAAAUCACAGGCGUUCUCCCGCCUGGCUGCCGUUGCUGGUACUUCCACUUGCCAUAUCGCCAUGUCUCCAGAUCCUGUUUUCGUCCCCGGGGUCUGGGGACCGUAUCGUGAUACCAUUCAACCCGGGUACUGGAUGGCAGAAGGUGGCCAGUCCGCCACCGGGGAGCUCCUAAAACAUGUGAUUGAGACUCAUCCGGCCUUCAACCAGGCGACCUCAAUCGCCGAAUCAUACAACGCCAAUAUCUAUGAAUACCUGAACGAACGUCUGAAAGAAAUGGCCCUCGAGCAGAAGGCCCCCAGUGUCUCCUAUCUGGGGCGCCAUAUGUUCUUCUAUGGUGACCUGUGGGGCAAUCGAUCACCUAUCGCAGACCCUAACAUGAAAGGGUCCAUUGUUGGCCUUGAUAGUGACAAGUCCGUUGAUGGACUUGCGAUCUAUUACUAUGCCACACUCGAGUUCAUUGCUUUGCAGACGAAGCAAAUCGUGGAAACAAUGAACAAGGCUGGUCACAGCAUCACAUCCAUCUUCAUGUCUGGAUCCCAGUGCCAGAAUGACAUCUUGGUACGACUGAUCGCAUCUGCAUGCGAUAUGCCUGUCCUUAUCCCUCGAUAUAUCCAUGCCGCGGUCUGCCAUGGCGCAGCGAUGCUGGGAGCGAAGGCCGCCAGUGCCGACUCUGAGGGCAAAACAGAGGACUUGUGGGACAUCAUGGAUCGUAUGAGCAAGCCAGGCAAGAAGAUUGUGCCAACCGACAACGAGAAGGAGAAGGCCCUGCUCAGCGUCAAGUAUAAGGUGUUCUUGGAUCAGUGCUACAAGCAAAUGGAGUACCGCAAGUUGGUUGAUGAUUCCGUGAGUGGGUGGAAGGUUGACGGCAAAUGA